AUGCCUUUGAACACCUCCCCGCCCGAAGUGGAGAAGGUUCUCAAGUCGAGCGAUGGCAUAGAGAUAUUCGCAAGGACAGCAGGCCGGUCCGACAAUCACAGCCUUGUUUUCACCCACGGUUUCGCCUUCAGCGGGCAUGUAUUCGACGAGUUAUUCAAGGACGAGAAGCUGUUGAGGGAGUUUUACCUGGUUUCGUACGAUGUAAGGGGCCAUGGCAGAAGUGGAAAACCGAAGAGGGAGGAAGAUCAUACCUCGGCGCUUUAUGCCGCUGAUUUCGCGGCCGUGGUGAAGGCGAGUAUGGGAGCGACUGUGGCCUGCGACGUCUGCGCACACCUGCCACCCAACGCCAUCUCAGGGAUCGUCUAUGUAUCAGGCUUGCCUUACAUUGACAGAAACGUGAUGAACUCCCUCGCUGCCCCAGGAGCUUUGGAUAUCUCCUCAGGACUUCUAUCCACUGACGACGUCCUGUAUUCCAACGUCGCGAAGAUCGCGUUCGUCGACGCCAGCUUCACGGAUACGAGCAGUGUCCCCGUCAGCGUCAAGUUGUCCUGGCUGGGAGCAGCAACAGUUCAGAGCCCAGUGGAUAGGCAACUCGUGCUGUCUCGUGCGCAAGAUGCAGAGAAGCUGCGUCAGGCAGGAUUAAAGGGACUCCCACUGCUCCUCAUCAGUGCAUCUGCAGAUAAGCUCAUCCAGUGCGAUCUUGUCGAGAAGGAAAUGAAGCCCUACUUCAAGGAUCUCGAGGUCCACACGGUCAAAGACGGGAGCCAUGUUGUGUUCUAUGAGAAUCAGGAGGAGUUUGUCGAGGUGUUGACGCGUUUCGCGAAACGCGUGUUUAGGAAGAAGCGGCCUGGUAGUAGGUUGUAA